AUGAGCUCACCUGAAAGCAGAAACAAGCAUCGGCGGUCCCACCGAAAGUCCAGGCUGGGCUGUCAACAGUGCAAAAGGAGGAAGAUCAAAUGCGAUGAAGCCAGACCUUCCUGUCUCAAUUGUGUCCGCAGGGAUGAAGACUGCAGCUUCGCACUCGAGCCUGAGGACCGAGGGUCGCGAUCUGAAGGUUGCAGUUGCAAAUGCUUGGGAUGUCACCCCAGUAGCAGCAAUGCCAACCAACGUCAUGAUUUGUCCUCGACGAAUUCUCCCGACACACAGAUGGAUCAAGUAGGUUGCAACAGCAAAACGCUCGAAAUGAGAGAAACGCUGCUUGAACAGUCCGCAAAACUAGAUGCCAUGUCUCGACGACUUACUUCUAUGGAAAAUCUUAUCCUUCAAUCCAGCCGACCCGAAACAUCGCAGCCUGCCUUGAGCUACACUGAUAUGGAGCUGCUCCAUCAUUUCUUCUCCAUGACCGUACCUACAGUAGCGAUGGACGACCAAGCAUAUGAGUUCUGGAGCAUUCGCUUGCCAGAAAUUGGGUUUGCACAUCCACACGUGUUGCACCUGAUGCUCGCAUUUGCUGCGCUGCACAAAGCUCGACUUUAUCCGUACCAACGCGACAGCCUAGUUAUCCAAUCUCAACGGCAUUACAAUUUGGGGGUCAGAGGAUCUACUGAAAUGCUCAAGGACAUCAACGAUGACAACUAUGAGUUUGUGCACGCAUCGGCUACUCUGAUCGGCCUCAUCAACCUUGCGAUAGGUCCUCGGCCAGGGGAAUACAUCGCGUUCAGCGAAUGCAACGAUAUCAGCUUCUUAAGCUUACUGCGAGGGGUGCGGGCUAUUAGGAGCCACAAAGAACAUUUGUCGACAGCGGAUAGUGUGUCCUCUGGGUCGUUCAACCCAAUGACUCCACAAACACCAUCCGCGGAGGCUCAGUUACUGUACGAUUGUAAAGUUCAUUUACGUCACAUCCGUCGGCUUAUUCGAGAAAUACCUGACCUAAAGCUUCAAAGCUCGUACCUCGUAGCUUUAGAGGAUCUGGAACAAUUCUUCCUCCGGGCGCAUGGUGCUUCCCCUGAAGCACCUAAUGCCUUAGUACAAAUCGACACAGCCCAUCGCGCAACCCCUUUAGGCUGGCUUUACCGAAUUUCAGACGAUUUUCUAUCGCAAAUACAGAUAAAGCACCCUCUGGCUUUAGCAAUGCUCUAUUUAUUCUGUGUAGUUUUGAAAGAAUUGGAACUAGGGUGGCCCGCAGAGGGUUGGGCAGAGCACAUAAUGUCUGGCAUCUGGGAAUCUAUAAGGAUGGAAGACAGGCAUUUGAUCCGAUGGCCGAUGAACAGAAUGAAAUGGGAACCAGUGGAGAGACAAUGA